AAGCUUCACAGAAGCUUCACAGAAGCUUUACAGAAGCUUUACAGAAGCUUCACAGAAGCUUCACAGAAGCUUCACAGAAGCUUUACAGAAGCUUCACAGAAGCUUCACAGAAGCUUCACAGAAGCUUUACAGAAGCUUCACAGAAGCUUCACAGAAGCUUUACAGAAGCUUUACAGAAGCUUUACAGAAGCUUUACAGAAGCUCUUCCUGAAAACAACAAUACAUAG